AUGACCACUACUACCUCUGCUGACGCUGCUGCUAACGAAACCAUCAAUAACCCCUUUGUAAAUACACCCACUGAAGGAGACGAUACCAAUAUCAGCGCUCAGGACACAUUAAAACUCUUGGAAUCCUUAAAGUUGGACAGCACUACUAAUACCGAAAUUCAAGCCCUUUUGACUCGUGCAAAGAACGGAGAGGCUAUCGAACGUGAAGUGGUCAUGAACACUGUGGCUUCACUACUGUCUGCCGAUAGCGAACAUUUAGGCGAACUCACAGGAUCUAUUGGUGAUUUUGAUAUCCAAUUUCGAUAA